GAAAUAUAACACUCGAGAAUAAAUAAAUGUAUUCUUCUCUUGUUAGAAUUAAGCUAUAACAUCGCGGAUCGUAAUGUCGAAAGUGUUUAUCCUGCGUACAGUAAUAGGCAACGAAUACUAGGAGUUGAAAUAACAAAUACGAAACAUAUGUCCAUUUAGGUACAUAUAUGUCUUUGCAAAACAAUAACAAUAACAUGGCAUCUCUAAUAUUAUUAUUAAUCUACAUUUCAAUGUGCGCCUCACAGAAGUUCAUUGUUACCGAUAAUGAUCAAUAUUUCAACAUGGAUAAAGAAAAUUGCUGGUCUGUUUCACCUGAUGAUCGUCUACUGGUUAAUAUAUCACGGCCAAUUAGAUAUAGUAUACAUUUGACAAUAUAUAUGAAUUAUGAUAUAAUCUUCGGCACAUCUAACAUCACAGUCAUGGUUGAAAAUCCAACUAGAUACAUAAGUUUACACGCUUACAAAUUGCAUAUCACAAAUUAUAAUUUGAUAAGUCUAAAGAGUUUAAAUACAUUUGAAUCGUACACAUUGGUUGGUUACCGUUAUUGCAAACGAUCGCAGAUUUUAGAUAUGCGAUUUAAUAAAACUAUAUCUGUUGGAAUUUAUAUCUUAAUGAUCCACUUCGAAAUUCCUAAUUGUAUCCGGACUGUUCUGAACACAUACGAGUACAAGAUUGGUAAAACAAAAGUUAGCACAAUAAGGUUAUUCAUUACGAAAUUUAACAUGGCUCGAGGAUUGUUCCCAUGUUGGGACGAGCCCGCAAUAAAGGCAAUUUUCCAAAUAACUAUCACAUAUACUAAGAAGUACAGAAUAUUUUCUAACGUGGCUGAAAGAAACAAAGAAAUGUGUACAAGUUUUUGCACAUCACACUUUAAUGAAACGCCGCCGAUGUCCGCUUUCAACGUUUUCUUCGUUUUGCUUGAAGGCAACGUCAGAAGUAGUGAAAUAUCUCAAACCGACUUUAUUUGGUACCUGCCGGGAUAUGAGAUGCUACAAGAUAUAAAGAACACAAUUUCACUUGUUGAAUGGCAAGUGAAGCAGAUUACGGGUUUGGACAAGACAUUUCCAAGGAAUGAUUUUAUAUUAUUCCCAAAUAAUACAAUGAAAACAAUGGGAUAUUUUGGCUUUAUAAUAUACAAGUAUAUAAUAAUCGUAAUUCAAAUAUUGUAG